UGAGUAACCGAGCUGCAAACUCCAGAUCUCGGGGGAAGUCAGAGCAUAGUAAGAAAGUUUGUAAUAGAAGACACGCAUAAAAGUUCGCUAUCAUUCAAGAGUGGAAUAGAACACUUUUAGCGUUUCUACACGAGGCCGCUUUCCAUUGUUGGCCUGACAUGGGUUUCUUUAUUACUUUCUCUCCUCUUGCUCUAGGAAAGGAUAAGCAAUAUGAAGCCUAUUAUUUAAACGUAAGUUGAGUUGAUGAGAGAUUUGUAGUCAUCGUUAUAAACAAAAUUAUGUUGUACUUAAAUUACAUUCCUUACUGAGUUAAAGUUUUUGUUUGAUUUCUUACAUAACUGCUCUGUUGCGGUGAGAGAACGAUGACUAGUGAAAUGCCUUUUUGUUCUUCUAUAAAAUAGGUAAUAAUAUAUAGGUUACGGUUUGAACACCUUACUUCAACUUUGAGGAAAUAACAGCGUGGUGUUGAACACGUUUCCAAGUAGUUACUUCGGUUAUAAAUGACAUUUUAGAAAGUUUGGCUUGUAUACCUCUGUGCUUGCUCAUCAGUACGUGAAAACAAAUGGAUAUAUGACUCGUAAGUAUGCAUCACAAAUGAAGUAAAAAACUUGGACAAAAAUGACAAAUUAACCAGGAUUUGACCACUUAUCUGGAUAAAGAAAUUUUGUAUCAACACCACCAAUGGCGAGAAAUUCUUCGAAUAUACAGCAUAUAUAAAGAUACUAAUUGAGGAACUUAAGCCCAUUUUUCCAGGUGGAGUAAUAUCUUCGCUUAUGGUGAGGAUUUUGUAGGUGCCGCUAAAAAGUUCUAAGGCCGCUAUCACGUGGCCGAUAUAUUUAUGACCAGUUCAUUAAGUAUGGUCACUAAUAGAAAAAAAAAUCAACGAAAUUAGAAAACGCUGCUGUGCAGUUCCAUAUUAUUACAACGUCUCACCAAAUAUGAAUGCUGAAGUUAAACUUUCAUGACGCAUGUCUUUAACUUGAAUAUUGAACACAGUUUCUUAUCGUUACGACUAAUACACAAGAUGUUAGUUGUAAGUGUGUGAAAUCUGUUUCAUUCGUAAGGUCGUGUAAAAGUUUUGGAAACACCGCCCUUGGGAGUCACGCUUUCAAAUCUCAAGCAUUCGAGUUGUUUACCAUAACAGCUACGAACAAGACUUUUGCACAACCUUCCUGCACUCUCCUGGUUGAAACAUGAGGAAUUGGAUAUGGAUUUUCUUAGUUUGUUUUUACUGGUUAGUUGGUUGGCACGUGCAAUAUGCGAUCUCGGACAGUAGGCAUACUGCGAGGAGUCUAAUAAGACAGCCACGUUAUUUCAGCCGUACUGUUAGUGACCACUCAGCCAGCAGAUUAAGGGCGAGGAAGUACAGCUCUGAUCAAUACUUCUACCAGCCUCCGGGGCGGGAUGAAAUAGAACCGGCUUCUUCGCAUCAGCAGUUUUCCCGGCAUUACUAUGGUACUCAAGAAGGAGUGACUUACCUUAAGAGGAAUUACGGACCAACGGGUCUUCAUCGCGCCACAGUCGACUUUGGCAUUCAUCAAAAAUUGCAGGACAUUCGCCGAGCCAACGAACAUUUUCUUCAAAUCAGACGGACAGCGAAAUGCCACACACCCCGACCCCAAGUAGUGAAUGUCAAGAACUAUUAUCCGGAUCCCAGAAGAAAAUACCUUCCUGGAUGCACUAUCUUGCACCGAUGUACAGGAAACGCUGGAUGCUGCGAUGAUGAAGGAAUGGAGUGUGGACCAAGAGCUAUUCAAGAAGUUGCUCUCUAUUUUUAUCUUCUCCAAGUUGGAAAGCAAGGCACGUAUGUUGGUCUAAGUAACACCGUUGAAAAACUGCUCUUUAUCAAUCACACGGAAUGCGAAUGUCGACCCAUCGAUAAUCAGCCACGUGCACCAGAGGACCUGAAACAACUUCCGGAUUUGGAUAAGAUGAAAGCAAUAAGUUCUGGCACAGAAUGGGAUUCUGAACUUGACAAUCCUUUACGACGUCCACCUACUCAGAAGGAAUCAAAGUGUCGAGAAUGCCCUUUGCCAUUUUAUAGAAGAGAAUAUCCGGAUGGAAGGUGCAGCUGUGACUGUUUUGACCGCCAUAAACCGUGUCUUAGGAUAAAAAGAGGUCGUCGCCCAUUGUCAGACAUUGAAAUCAGGUGUGUUCGAGCCCGCAAGUGCCAUAUCCCCGAGUGUAGGUUUGGCCAAUACAACUUUUUAACGGGAAAAUGCCCUAAGCGACCCCAGAACCAUAAAAAACAGAAAACCCGCAAAGAAAACAACAAAAACCAACACCAUUAUCACAGAUGGGCUUUCUACGAACGUGAUUAAUAAAGAAAAGUUCAAAGUCCUCGGAAAUAAAACUGUUCUAUGAACUAGUCUGUAUAGUGUUCAAGAUGCAAGACUUUUAGUUCACGUUAAAAGUGAAAAAUGUUACAAGGUCUAACCUUGCGACAGUUUUACUCACUCUUUUACCCAGAGAGGGCACUUUCAGUUCAUUAACAAGUCUAUUAAUCGGAAAAAAAAGAGUGCCAACAACAACAACAAAAACUUUUGUUUAUUUUUCUAAAAAGUGUUUCUCUUGCUAGAGAAAAAAUAUUUGCAAAACUAUUAAGAGAAAUGGCGUCAUUUUUAAAACUAUGUUUCUAUGUGUUCACGCGUGAUUUAUAAUUUUAUGUUGAAUUAGUCCGGUUGCAAGAACGAACCUUUAUAAAUGAUUGAACGGUUAAAUUUUACAUACGUGUAUUUGUAAGCUGUGCACGUACAAAAGUUAUAGGUGCCGUAUUAAGUGUUUUGGCUUUGCUGGUGUUUUAAUUAUUAUGACAAAGUGUUUGUGCUGCAUCGUUUAUUUGUAAAUUAAACGUUGUUCUGUUCACGAA